CGUCCGUUUCCGCUUCGCAAGCUUUUUAUUGUCGUCCUUCUUCCCGUUGAGCUAGUCGGUUUCGGUCAACCGCUACACCUGCCUACCGUUACUGAUAGUUAUCCUCCAAGAAGUACUCACAACAUGGAUGAUUUUGACAUGCUGAACGCGCCCUCGGCUGGAAACGGUGUAGGCUCGGAAGAGGACCCCGCUGCCGCGUUCUUGGCCCAGCAGGAGAGCGAAAUCGCGGGGAUUGAAAACGACGAAGGCUUCAGCAUCCUGGACAGCGGAGAGGUCCCUUCGUCGCUGGUAGACUCCUCCAACGAUGGUGCUGUCAAUGGAGAUAUUCAUGUGGAAAGCAAUGGUCCAUCUGACGCCUAUGCAGCAAUUUCCAGUGCAGACCGGCUGCAGGCCGAACCUGAAAGCCUACGCAAGUGGAGGGAAGAGCAACGUGAACGGCUGGAGGUGCUAGAUGAAAACUCUCGCAAGCAGGAGUCAGAGUGGAAGGAGAAAGCCAAGGUGGAGCUGGAAGAGUGGCAUGCCAGGCAGAACGAGCAGCUGGAGAAAACCAAAACCAACAACAGGGCGGCUGAGGAGGCCAUGAUUUCGGACCUGGAUGAGAACGACCCCGGCACGGAGUGGGAGCGGGUGGCUCGGCUCUGCGACUUCAACCCCAAGUCCAGCAAGCAAGCCAAAGACGUGUCUCGCAUGCGCUCCGUCCUCAUCUCCCUGAAGCAGUCCCCGCUAGUCCGCUAAGCAGCCAAGGCUGCUCAGGGCGUCAUUCCAUGUCAUCCUCUCUCACCACACACCAACCAACCCAAACGACCACAAUCUCUAUUCUAAAGACAGGGGGCUUACAUCCCUUCUGCAUAUGUUUGCCCCCCCCCCCCUCCCUAGUGGAAGGAUAUAGCCAGUGGUCCUGACCUCCUCUAUCUCCACCUGGCAGGUCUGUAGAGAUUAUAGCCUUAAAGCACUAGCUCACCAUUUCUUGCCCCCUCAAAGAUUUUCAUCUGUGUGCAUAUCUUCCUCAGACCAAUCAACAUCUUGUUAUUCAUCUUCCUCAUUGUUUAACACACUAAGAUCGACACCAGGUCUGUUUCGAUGUUGUGUAAAACUUGUGUAAGGGUGGUGAGUUGGGACACUAAAAGGGAAGGGCUGAUGUUUGUUUGGGCCUCCAGCUACACUACAACCUGCUUCACACGACCCCCCCCAUCAAUAUCAUUCCCAUCAUGCUGUACUUUUAACUCUGACCUACCAGGUUUGAUUGGUGUUAAAUGGUUUUAUUCACCUCUUUGUUUCCCAUCCUUACAAAAAAGAAAGUAUCUUCAGAAUGUUUCUUUUUUUUUUUUUUUUUUUUUUUUUUAAGGACCAAACUCUAAGACAAAACUCAAAAUUCAGUGUGUGUACUUUUGAACUGUGUGUGUAGAGCCAGUUUGUGGCAUAUUGUGUUAAAUUUUCCAACCUAUGCAUUUCCUUUUGAAAGCCUCUCCCCUCUCCAGUCAGGAACUAAACAAAGUGUGUUUAAACCUCAACAGUUUGUGUGUAUGUACUCUAUGCGUGUACCUAUGUACAUAUACAGAAGGCAAUAUAUAUACAGUAUAUAAAACGUUAAUGUCACUGAAAUUACACAGUUGUGGUUUUAAAGAGAACUAGAUGUUAGCCAGCUGUUGCUUGACCAUGCGUGUUCAUUGUCCAUUUGAUUUCAGUAUCAGUAAAAACUGAAUAAAAGCAGUCUUCCUGUCA